AUGGGUAUCCCGGCUGCGUUCCGAUGGCUUUCGAACAAGUACCCGAAGAUCAUAUCUCCAGUUGUUGAGCAGCAGCCUCAAACUAUGGAAGAUGGUACUAUCAUCCCCGUGGACACAUCUGGCCCAAAUCCAAAUGGAGAAGAGUUCGAUAAUCUCUACCUCGACAUGAACGGCAUUGUCCACCCAUGUUCCCAUCCCGAAGACCGUCCUGCGCCAAAAGAUGAGGAGGAGAUGAUGCUCGAGAUCUUCAGAUACACUGACCGUGUUGUCAAUAUGGUCCGGCCUCGGAAGUUGUUGAUGAUUGCUGUUGAUGGUGUCGCUCCUCGCGCCAAAAUGAAUCAACAACGCUCUCGGCGAUUCCGAUCUGCUCAGGAGGCGCAAGAAAAAGAAGAGGACAAGAAGGAACUGCUGAAGUUGCUCAAACAGCAGAAUGGAGGUGUUCUUCCCACCGAAACGCUUGAAACCGCCGCCAAGAAGGCUUUUGACUCCAACUCUAUCACUCCAGGAACGCCGUUUAUGGACAUCUUAGCCGCCAGUCUACGUUACUGGCAUGUGAUUUACGGCCUGGACGCAGAUCUCAUCAUGCUCAGCCUGGCUACGCACGAGCCAUAUUUCCGUGUCCUGCGUGAGGACGUCUUCUUUCAGGACAGCAAGGCGAGGACAUGCAGGCUUUGUGGGCAGAAGGGACACGAAGCAAGUGCUUGCAAAGGUGAAGUCAAAGAAAAGGAUGGUGAGUUCGACGAAAAGGACAAAGAGCACCCGUUAAAGCCAUUCAUUUGGCUCCACGUGUCUGUUCUCCGGGAGUACCUUGCUGUGGAGCUCGACGUUCCUGGUUUGCCUUUCCGAUGGGACCUGGAAAGAGCCAUAGAUGACUGGAUUUUCCUCUGCUGUUUCGUAGGCAACGAUUUCCUCCCACAUCUUCCUGCCCUUGAAAUCCGUGAAAACGGCAUCAACACACUCACUGGCCUAUGGAAGGACAAUCUUCAAUACAUGAAUGGCUACGUUACUAAGGAUGGCCACGUUGACCUUGAACGGGCACAAUACAUCAUGAGUGGCCUUGCAAAGCAAGAAGAUGGUAUAUUCAGACGCAGAAAGCAGCAAGAAGACCGGAGAGAAGAAAACGCCAAGAGGCGCAGGCUCCAAGAAAAAAAUGGGCGAGGCAAUCCCAGAAAUUCUGACAAGCCAGGAGGAGAUCGCCGCUUUGCCGAAAGCACAGCAGGGCUGCAUCUUCACCCCAUCGCAAACUUCCCCCAAAAGCCCACUCCGUCUGUCACAUAUGACAUGGUAGUCAAUCGCAGUGCAGUUCAGGAAGCAAAUGUGGCAAACAAAAGUGCCGCCGCUGUUCUGCGGGAUCGGAUUCUCGCAGCUCAAGGAGAAAGCAAGAGCGAGACUCCGUCCACAGAAACGGACAGUCCUACUGCGAAUGACAAGGUCGAAGCUGGCACUGCGACAACAGCAGAGGGAUCCUCGCUUGCUGCGCUGGGUAAGCGGAAGGCCGCUCUCAUGGAGGCAGAAGGUGGCGGUGAGAGCACGCCUGCGAGCGGCGCCAGCACGCCCAAAGCCGUCGCCUCGGAAGAGGGUCCGGUCGACACUGUACGGAUGUGGGACGAAGGAUAUGCCAACCGGUACUACGAACAAAAGUUUCACGUGGACCCCAGGGACGUGGAGUUUCGUCAUGGUGUUGCACGUUCCUACGUGGAAGGGCUGGCCUGGGUUCUCUUGUACUAUUUUCAGGGAUGUCCGUCCUGGGAAUGGUACUACCCAUACCAUUAUGCACCUUUUGCGGCCGACUUUGUCGAUCUCGGAAAGAUGGAUUUAGUAUUCCAAAAGGGCCGUAUUUCCAGGCCAUUUGAACAACUCAUGAGCGUGCUUCCGGCAGCAUCGCGACAUGCUAUCCCCGAAAUUUUCCAUGACCUCAUGACAAAUGAAGACAGUGAAAUCAUCGAUUUCUAUCCAGUCGACUUUGAUAUUGAUUUAAAUGGGAAGAAGUUUGCAUGGCAGGGAGUGGCCUUGCUUCCAUUCAUCGAUAUGAAGCGCCUACUAGCGGCCGUGGAAAAGAAAUAUCCACUUCUGAGUCCAGAAGAUCAGGUUCGCAACGGGGUCGGGAAGGUUGUCAUGCUGCUGUCAGAUGCCAAUACGGAGCUCUAUGACGAGAUCACUGGUCACUUCUACUCCAAACGACAGGGGACGACCAAUUUCAAGCUGAACCCCCGUAUCAGUGCUGGCCUCGCGGGCAUGGUGGAGAAGAUGGAGGACUAUAUCCCACAUGGUUCCCUGGUCUAUCCCCUGGACCGGAGCGCAUUUCCCGAUAUUGAGUACGAUCGGUCACUCACUGUCAUCUACGAUUUUCCCGCGACCUCUCACAGCCAUAAGUCGAUGCUGCUGCGUGGUGCCAAACUCCCCAGCCCAGUGCUCACUCGUAACGACAAGGAGACAUUAAUGGGGAAAACGACACGGAACGGACACAGCUUUGGAGGAAUUCAAGGGAACAACAACAAUAACAACUACAACGGUCGACCUCGCUUCAACGGUGGGGGCAGAGGUCAGCAAUCCUCCUAUGCUCCAUCUGGGCCACAUUCGCAUCAUGGUGGACGACCGGAUCGGUCAUCAUACCCACAGAACAAUCAAGCCGGACGGGGCUUCUACCCGCCACCAGCUACGUCGGGCUGGAUACCGCCACCCCCAGGAUACCCAGGGUUUGGGACAGGCCAACCGCCUCCGCCUCCGCCACCAAGCUAUGGCGGUGACGGUGGUCGACAAUAUAACGGCGGUGGGCACUACAAUGGUGGCGGGCAGUACAGCGGCGGCGGGAACAAUGGGUGGACCCAAGGCUACAAUGGAAAUUACGGGCCACCUCCACCACCGGGAAAUUAUGGUCAUCCAGCACGGCAGCCACCAGCGUAUGGUGGUCAAGACUACCGGCCGGCUGACAAUCAAUCUCAAGGCUAUCGUGACACGAGGAGAUACCGAGCCAACGGUCUGGACGAAAACGCUUCCAACAACGUUAACAUUGCCACGCGUGAGCUAAAGCACAACUUAUCCCGUCCAACGUCCCGCCGACGACAGCGCGUUCCGGGUCGACAGUUGAUCAGGACCGGAACUCACGGCGAUAGUCUUCAGCACGACCAAAUCGUGACCAUCACGCGAACGACCCUCGUCCAAGUCAGCUCCACAUCUCUCGUCAUUGUUCUCGAUGCCCUCCUGUCGCUCCUCGAAGAUCUGGCCCGCCCGUACACCAAGAACGUGUCGACACAUCCGUCCCAUGUUCUGCUGUCCGAGCUGUUCGUGCUGGCAUUGCUCUCCGACUGCUGUUCCAGUCAUUGGGAUACCGUGUCUAGAGCCCGGUCGACCGCAGAACAGGGCCUUAUCCGGUGCCGACGACGGGCAUUGCAUCCGCCUUCUGUUGCUAUCGACAGCUCCCUCAUCCGCCGAGUGUUCGAGGCCAUCCGGAUCUUCAUGCCCCCCUUGCCCGAGGGCUAUAUCCUCCUGCCGAAAUCAAUACUCGACGAAGUCGAGUCCCAACCUUCCCAUGCCGCCGGCCUCUGGGGAGAAUCUUUAAAAGCACCACUCUCAGCACGAUCCGAAGAGUCCUUUAACGCCCCACAUGUGCUAGACUCUCGCGUCUUGGAGAUUGAGAGCCAUGUCAAAAACAUUGUCGAAUACAUGACAGCUUCCAGCUGGCAGCUGUCCUUUGAGUACUACAAAUCUUCAAUCUACAAGAUCCGAUCGACCGCUCCAACCCAGCCAAUGCCACCCUCGAGCCCGAUUUCUACUGACGACGAGAGAGCAGCGCUCGUCCACAUUCGCAUAGUCUCCUUCUUUUGGUUGGACCGCCACGGGCUUAGCCAAGUCAUCCAAGAGACCUGCUCGAGCUUUCUUCACUUCCGCAAGCCGUUCCAGAACGCCCUCGCCAUAUCUGUACCUCUUCUUAUCACCAGAUGGAUUUCUCGGUUCCCCCAAGAAUUCGUCCAAUUGCAUUCCUCGCAUUUUCGCCUUGAUGGAGGCCCUGAGAUCUUGUUCGAUAUGACGGCAACUGUGACGGACAAUGGACGGAGGAAGGGCCAGUUAUACCCCUUGCAAACAGCCCUACUCUUUCUUAUUCCAGACGUGUUCGAGGUUGCAAGCAACAUGCGAGAGGCCAGGAGCGGUGGUGUCUUAAAAAAGGCCGCCUUCUUGGAGAGUUUACGCAAGUUAUUGCGGAACAGAAAUGAACAGGCUAUUUACUGUCACGUGGCUCUCCUUUACGUCGCCCGGCACUUUGAGGCAGAGGGUGACUCUGCCCUCAUGAGCUAUGCAAUGGACGUACAAAAUGAAGUCCGGGAUGCCAUCUUCCGCAGACUUCCAACCGGACCCGACAUGGCUCUUUAUGACCAAGAGUUUUUGACAGCCGCCUUUGUCAGUCUGACACACAUCAACUUUGAAAUGUGCGUUGAUUCUCUUGCUGAGAGCUGUCUUGCAGCAUCCGCACCGCACAACUUCAAAGUUGCCGUGAUCCAGGCUUGCUCGCACUUUGCCAAGCUCGAGAAUAUAACGAGAUAUGAUCCACUGUUCACGGCAGCUUCAGCCUUUGUGCAGGUUCAAAUGAGGCCUGGAGAUGGCCAAACGGACGCUGGAACAAGUGACCUGAAGUCGCACAUGUUUCACACAUACUUCAAUCGGUUUCUCUCUUUGCUGAACCUGGAACAGUCUGAAUCGAGUCGAGCAGAAUACGGAGGCGGCAGUAUCCGGGAUGAGACAACAUCUUCGUCGGAGCUUGCUAUCACCAUCCUCUCCAAUCUUCUAAGCUCCAAUCUCGACGUUGGGCUGAAGCGCUCUCUCAGCAUUGGAUACCAUGAGAAUGUAGAAAUCCGGACUGCCUUUGUCCGAGUUUUGUGCAACAUUCUCAUGCAAGGUACAGAGUUCAGCAAUCUCUCUGACACGGCAGUCAACGACAAAUACGACGAUUUGAUGGAACUUCUCACGAACGACACCACUCUAGCCAUGGCAAUGUCUGCUGAAUGUCCCGGUUCUGAGGUAGAUGAGCUGACGGUUUCGCUCCUCAAUGUGUUUGAGGGCCGCGGCCUAGGCUUUGUACUUCUCGAAGCACUCAUCAAAUUGGAAGUGGACGAGACCGAGAACGAGUCUGAGCUUCUUCGACGAACCUGCGUUGCCACAAAGAUGCUUUCGGUUUACGCCAAGUGGAAGGGUGGACCCUAUCUCAGAGCGACAUUGCAGAAGGUUGUCGAACGACUGAUGCUGACAGCUGAUGACCUUGACUUUGAACUCGAUCCUGCUCGUGUCAAAUCCCAGGAUGAGCUUCAGAAAAAUGCGGUCCAACUUCAGAUUGUGGCCAAAGUAUUUAUCGAUGACAUUUGUAUAUCAGCAGCCAGAAUUCCGACAGAGUUUCGCAGAAUUUGCAGCAUAAUUUCGUCGGUGGUGACAACUCGAUUUCCUGAGGCGAAGUACACAGCCGUGGGAGCCUUCAUAUUCCUCCGAUUUUUCUGUCCUGCAAUUGUGGCACCAGAUGUGGAGGGCCUGGUAUCUACAGUGCCUUCGAAAGAGAUGAGACGGGGUCUUCUUUUGAUAGCCAAGAUCAUCCAGAAUCUAGCCAACAACGUCCUCUUCGGAGCAAAGGAACCGUACAUGUUCCCCCUCAAUGAGUUUUUGUCACAAAACAUCUAUGACGUGACGACCUUUUUAAGGACAAUAUCGGUGGCUCCCAACACCAUAGAGAAGCCCACGGAGGGCGAGUCGGUCGAUUUUGGUGCCUCUGUGGCUCUACAUCGCUUUUUGUACGACCACUGGGACCAAUUACGGCAACGACUUGCAUCACAGGAGCGCCGAGAUCACGUCCGGUCCCCUGGAGAGGGUCCUCGUGCCCGCUCUCCGACCCUCGAAACAGUGAAGAAUCUCAUUACGAACUUGGGGCCACCUCCAUUAGCUGUCACAUGGAACAAGCCGCAGAUUACGCUCAAUAGUCCGCCGGCAUACUCUCGAUUUCAAAACUUCAUGCUGCGCAAUACAUUCAGGAGCACUGAGUCCUAUGUUACAGCACGCGCCAUUUACGAUGGCGGCGAGAGCAAGGUAUUGAACUCGUACACUGGCACGAUUGCCAGUCGUCUCUGGCACAAACCGUUUGGGCUUUUCGUCGACGCCACGUGUUACAGCGGACAGAAUGAGCCGCAGGACGAUCUUUUCCAAAAGUUGGAGCUCCUCACGCCCACAGAGCUAUCGCGGCAGCUGUCUAGGGUAUACAUUUACAAUAUGAACAGCGCUUUCCGCAAAUGUUUCCGGCGAACUCUCCGCACAGCAGCGAAGUUGGAUGGCGGUGUCUUCCACCCAGAUAACGUCGACUAUCACCUCAUUAGCAGCAUGCAAGAUUUGCAGGCUCACUUCCAUCUUAGUCAGCUUCAUCUUCCCAAGGAGACUAUCAGUGUCGUGGCCGAUACGAGAUAUGUCUUCCAGCAAGUCACGCGGCUGUCUCGAUCGAGAGGAGAGAUAGACGUCAUUAUCAAAAUCGGCAGCCAGUUUGUUCAGAUCACCACAACUGAAAAGCAAGAGAUUCACCAAGGCUUCGGCCUUGAAGCCAUCUUCAACGACAUCUUCCGACUGUCAGACAUUGAACAGGCACCAUUGUCUGUCCAGGCGGACGACGACUCCGCUUUUGGGUUAAGAGCCGAAAACGGGAAGAUUGUCAUGUACUUUGCGAGCCCCAAGAAGUCCGAUAUCCUGCAGGAGAUAAGAGGAGCCAAGGCAAAGUACGGAAAGGAUUACAGGACCCCCAAGCCCUACAGCAGACUGGUGCGCCCUCAGGAUGUUCCCGGGACGCUUCUCAAUAUAUCCCUUGCAAACCUGGCCAGUUCCGACCAUGCCUUGCGGAUGUCGUCGUACAACUUGCUCAGUGCUCUCUGCCGGUCGUUCAAGUUUGCGUCUGCCUCCAAGCUGCUGUGUAGCAAAGACAUUUGUGUGCCGCUGGAUCCGUCUCAGUUUGUUAUCAAUAUCAGUAGGAAACUGGCACAAACAGAAGCGCACCUCACGACGGAUUUUUUGAUGGCAUUCUUCCUCAACUGGGACAGCCUUCCGGACGAACAGAAGCCAUUGAGCCUCGCCUAUAUGGCUCCUUGGCUGCCCGGACUGCGCACCACCGUACUGACGGCAGAGACAGAAGGCGAGAAGGUGAGGGAAAACAUUGCAAUGUUCUGCAGAAAGCUGGUGGACGUUGCAGUGUCGGAUCCGUUUUUGAAGUUCACAAUCGAGCAAAACGUGUGGCCGGCAAUUUACCAGGACGAAACUCUGCUAGACAUGUUUCUAGAAGAGGUUGUCAAGAUGGGAAUAUCGGCUGGGAUCAACGACGAGCAGACGGAAAGCCUUGCCUCGGUACUCGCGGGCAUCGGCACAGUGACGCUGCGUGGGAAGAUCAUAUCGCGCCUGAGGAAGGCUCUCAACCGAUCGUCGGUGCGUCCGACGAAGCACCUUCCGGACAAUGCCGUCUGGACGGAGAUCUGCGUGCUUUUGCAGUUCUGUGUCUCCCUGUCCUUUGACAACGGCAUCCAGUCGCAGCUCUACCUUCCCGAGAUAUUCCACAUUGUCACCAUGCUAGCCAACACUGGAAUGUCGGGAGCACGCUUUUUGGUGCACCGUCUGCUGACGAAUACGAUCCAUGCCAUGUGCACCUCGUUCUCUCUCGACGAGGUGCGACUCGGAAAGCUGAGAGGGACGUUGGAAUCUCUGUCAGAAGAACGGGGCGACCUGUUCUCAAAUCACACGUCGUUCGGCCGAGACGGAGCUUCGAUCUCGACAAAUCAAGACGCUGGAGCGACGCUGGUGGCCACUGAGAGUCUUGCGGCGAUCCUGUUUGAGCUGUGCUCGGUAGCGGCCCCGACGAUGGACACGGCCAAUGCGUGGCGUGCUCGGUGGAUGAGCCUGGUGGCCAGCACGGCCUUCCAGAACAACCCAGCAAUUCAGCCGCGGGCAUUUACGGUCAUGGGCUGUCUCGCCCGCGAGGAGGUGGAUGACGAUCUUCUGUACCAGGUGCUCGUGGCGCUUCAGACCAGCAUUGGGCGGUUCGGCGAUGACAACAACAAGGACAUGACGGUGGCAAUCGUGGCGGCACUGUCGAAGAUGAUGGCCAAGCUCUCGUCGGCGUCUCGGUAUGGCCUCCAGCUGUUCUGGUUGGCCAUGUCUCUGCUGAGACUGGUGCCGUCGGGACUCUUCAACUACACCGCUCUAUUCUUAGAAUCCGUGCUGGCCAACAUCAGCGUCUCGGGGGAGAUACGCGGGGACCACAUGGUGCCGCUCCUUCUUCAAGGCCGCUCUCAGCUUGAAGACGCGGCUCUGCCUCUUGACGAGACGUACGGGAUCCACUUUAACAGCGACAACUUCCAUUUCGCAGUCUGUGCUUGCCUUGUGCGCGGCCUAACAGACGCGACCACUCGACCGGCGGCUCUGCGGCUGCUGUCUACGUUCCUGGAGCUCAGCAGCUGGGCCCAGGCUGGGCGGGAACCCAAGGCAGCGGACCUGGCGGGCUCGCCGUACAUGGCACUAAUUCUGGCGCGUGCGGGAAGCGCGGAGGAACUGCGCGACAGCCUUUGGCACCUGGACGAUGGCCAAGCCGGGCUGCCGAGCCUGGCUCAGGCCCACUCGCUUCAAGACGUGGGACGAAUUGCGGAGAAGGAUCUGCUGCUAAACACGGCGAUGGAGCUAGUCGAUUUCCAGUACCUCGAAGAUCCGAUCCAAAACCGGACUCUGUCAUGGUUGAACGAACUGGCGCGGGAGAAGCCCAACGUGAUCAUGCACCUAUGUGCGCCCAUCGCCUCGAUACUGGACGAGGUCUUGCUGCACUGUCAGAACUCGUCGACGCUCGAGUCGGCACACGAACUGUUGCAGACGCUCAGCUCGAACCCGCGGUUGUCAAACAUGCUGGAUUCGACAGACAUGUUAAAGGCAACACUGGACGACCUGGGUUUCGGAGGUCUGUGGCGGUCGUGCUCUUUCAGCAACCCCCACGAGCAGGACGAGCGUUGCUUCAGCCUGACAGAGAAGCUCAUAGCGCUCACUAUUGCAUACUCGUAG